CAUGAUAAUAUCGGCCACAGAUAAUUAUCGGCCGAUAAUAGACAAUUAUGACGUCAUACAGAUAAUUCCGAUAAUGAAAAAUCCACCGAUAAAAUGGACCGAUAAUAAAACCCUCAAAUUGUACACUUGCCCGACUGUUUUCUCCCCCUACUAUGCUCUCGGCUCCUCACCCCCGCCCAUCCUGCAAGCUUCUGUCGCAUGUAAGUGACGUCACAGAUCUGUCUGCAAGACAACACACUGGAAAACAUGGCGGUGAAUUCCUCUGUGUGGGCUUUCUAUAGCGUGUCAGAGAAAGAUGAUUCACUCGCUGUUUGUAACGCAUGUUCUGCAAAAGUGCCACGAGGGGGUAAAAAAAGAACAAGCUACAACACAACAAAUCUUUUGUCACUUAAAAACCAGACACCGCGACAACAUGUGGAAGGAAUAUGAAGCUGCUAUCAGUGCUAAGGUUAGCGCUCUUCUCGACAACAAACGAAAAGCCUCUGGACUGAUAACUAUUGGCGAGGUAUUUGAUAAAUGUAAAAACUUUACUAAAAAGUUCAACAGGAAUGACCCACGAGCUAAGGGGAUUAACGACAGAAUCAUGGAACUAAUAGCCUUUGCUGACCAGCCGUUUUCUUUCGUAGAGGACCUAAGCUUUCAGCAGCUAAUGCACUAUUUGGAGCCACGUUAUGAAAUACCCAGCCGCCACUACUUUUCAGACACCUGUCUACCAGAUAUGUACCAGGUUCUUGCAACACACAUUCAUAGUUUGCUUGACACAUCAGUCUUACCACGGACAUAUGGACUUCUGAUGUUAGUCAGGUGAGCAUGCUAAGCAUGACUGCUCAAUGGCUUGAUGAAGAAUACAACAUGCACAGGGCCACGCUCCACGCACAGGAACUCCCUGGAUCCCACACUGCCCAAACGAUCAACAACACAUUUGAAAAAAUAUUUCAGCACUGGAAUAUAGGGAAGGAGACUGUGCAUGUUGUGCUGCGGGACAAUGCACGGAACAUGAUCAAGGCAAUGGAGUUGUGCGGGGUUGCUAGCCUGGGCUGCAUGGCCCAUACUUUACAGCUCGCAGUAAAUGAAGCUGUCCUAAGUCAAAGGACUGUAUCUGACUGUAUUGCUAUAGGGCGUAAAAUUGUUGGCCAUUUCAAGCACUCACAAGUAGCCACUUCAACUCCGGCACAGUUAAACAUGAGACUUGGAAUAACACCUGCACAUCUUCAACAAGAUGUGUCCACUCGAUGGAAUAGCACAUUUUAUAUGCUCAGGAGCCUAUUGCAGCAAAAGCAGGCGCUUGCAGUGUAUGGAGUUGACAAUAAAUUACCCGCAACACUGAGCCCAUUGCAAUGGACCCUUAUUGAGAACAUGCUUACCAUUCUAGAUCCGUGUGAGCAGCUGACGAGAGACAUAAGCAGAGCCACUGCUACAGCUGCUGAUGUUAUUCCUGCAGUUCAAGCUUUGAAACGCUUCUUAACAAAGAAUGUUCCCACAGACCAUGGUGUGAAAACAUCCAAGAGCACGCUGUUAGAGGCUGUUAACAAACGGUUUGAUCACAUUGAAGCGGAGCCACUGUACGUACUGGCAACCAUUUUGGACCCCAGAUACAAGGACCAGUACUUCACUACAAGCAAACAACAGGCGAGAGAAAUGCUACAGGAAUGGUUGGAGUCCAGCCUGGACCCCUGUGAUUCACUAUCAGACAGUCCAGAUGAACCACAGGCACAGACCACCAAAGCAGAUGGGAAGAGUUCAACUUCUCUCCUUGACAUGUAUGCUGAAAUCCUUAAAGAAAAUGAUGAUGGCACUCAACAUGCAGGGCUGAGCGAUACUGUUGUUGUGGAGAUGCAAACAUAUCCCUCUGAGUCUACACUUCCAAUGAGCCCAGAGAACCCACCUGAAAACUACGAGAAGACCAUGACACCACUUGAGUACUGGAACAGCAACAAGUACCGUUUCCCACACCUGGCAGAGCUUGCACGCAAAUACUUGUCCGCCCCCUGCACUAGCAUUGAUAGCGAGCGUUUGUUUUCUGCUGCUGCAAAUGUACUGGAUGAGAAAAGAAACAGACUAAGCUGUGACAAAGCAGAGAUGCUGCUUUUUGUCAAGAAAAAUCUCCCACUGAUCAGACCCCAGUUAACAAAGAAAAAAUAAAUGAAAUAUAGCUGUUGUUCUAUGCCUUUUUGGCAUUCUGAUUUGUAAGGUCAUGCUGUUGUUGUUAUGUUUGUGAAAAGUCCAGUUUGUUAAGGCCCAACUUUAUAAGACUUAGCUAGCAGCCAUUUAUUUUGCACUUAAGUUGAAGAUUAAUGCACUUUAUUACAAGACUAAGCAAAAUUCACUUUAUUUGAAGAGUAAACAAGCAUUUUAUUUUAAGAGUAAGCUAGCAUUUUUUGCACUUUUAUUUAGGCUAAUAAUUUUUGUAUUGAGAAAAUGCUCUUGUUGCAUUAUUUAAGAUCAAGUCUUAUUUGUUCUGGCAAUUGUAAAGGCCUUUCAUUGUUGACAGAUUAUCAAAGCAUGUUAUUUAUGCUGAAAAAAGUUAAUAAAAUAACUUUUUGUACAAUGUGUUCAGUUUCUUUUCAGAUGAAUAUAGUGC